AUGGUCUAUUAUAUUCGAUUUCUCAAACCGCCAAAGUUUCAUCAAGAAAAAAAGAAUUCCAAACAAUCCCGCCCCCAGCAACGAAAGUCCGUCUCUAUUACCGCUCUCAUCUGUAUCACCACCGAUCUGGGAGAUGACUUCCUUGCAGAAGACGUGGAUUUAGUGGCGACAUGGGUUCAGCGUGCGUCUCGAGAGUCAAUGGACCAAUGUACUCUCCAAUGGCGAGCCGGUUCCCGACAACUUGCAAUCACAAUGGGUCCUUAUUCAGUGGACCGAGUCGCCCAACACGACGCAGUUUUACAAAUCCGAUCGCAAGCUGACCCACAAGAUUUACUUGGAAGAAAUACCACACCAUUGGUCAUAUCAGGCUGCAGUGCCUCCUUUCAAUGGCAAUCAGACGCAGCGCAAAAAUUGAUCCAGCGCGAACUUCACAUUUCAGAAAACAAAGCCAUCUCGCCUUUGAAAAUAUGGGAGGAGACUGGCAAUAGCAUUGCUAGACACAUCUGGGAUGCGGCACUUGCAUCAAUCAUUCUUCUUAAAGAAUCUAUCUCUGGCAAUUCUCCCAACACACCCAUUCUCAACCAGUUACUUGCAACCCGGGAUCACCCCCUUCAGGUCGUGGAACUGGGGGCUGGCUGUGGCAUUGUCGGUAUUGCACUAGCCACAAUGCUUGAUGGGUGCAAGGUACUUCUCACCGAUCUUCCGGAGGUGGAGGAAAUUGUAACGCGCAAUCUAGACGAGGCCCGUCUAAAGGCAUCUUCGACGGUUGACUAUCAAACACUCGACUGGGAUGAACCACCCACGGAUCUUUGCAGUCAACCCAUUGAUCUGAUCCUAGUUUCCGACUGUACCUAUAACGCAGACAGCCUUCCAACUUUAGUGUCAGUUCUUGACCGAUUAGUCCGAACUUCCCCGAAGGCCUUGGUAUUCGUGGCCUUGAAGCGACGACAUGAAAGCGAAGCGGUCUUCUUCGAAUUGAUGGAAUCUGCAGCCUUUAGUGCUCAAUCAAGCAGUCUUCAAUUGCCGGCGCAACAUGACCAAACGGAUCAAAUUGAAUUCCAUUGUUAUCAACGUGAUCAGAAUGCCCCGCUGUCAUAG